GCGAAAAGAUAACAGCUAACAGUACAGGUGAAGGCAGAGAUUUCUCAGGGCAGCUGUAUCUUCGAGUACGUAAAAAAGAUAACUUCUUGACGGGGAAACAGUUUAGUUACAAUCACUGCAGAAAGGCUUUCCAUCAAAUUCAUUUGUGCCUUCUUUUCAGCUUCAGUUUUGAAGGUAAAGUCGACGGUAGCAUAACUUUAGAUAGCUAGCUGGUGCAAAUGAACUAAAGUUAACGUUAGAGCCAGAUAACAUUAACUUUACAUCAUAGGUGUGUGGCGCACAGCGUAACUUUCCAGUUUGGUGAAGUCGGAAUCACGGGAUCAAGAUGGUGAGAGCUGGAGGUGUUCUGAAACUGUUGGCUGUGGUCGCUGCCUUCCUGUUGGCUGUCUUCUUUACGUUUGAACUUCUUGACAUAAACAUGGAUUUCAACAUCGGACAGGUGUUUGCCAGAUCAGCACCACAAGAAGCAGGCCCUACCAGGCCACCAAAGUUCAAGUGUGGCCUCUCAAAAGCAUGUCCACCGGGACACUUCUCCUUUAAAAUGACCAGUGGGGCUGCAAGUGUCGUUGGACCAAAGAUGUGCUUAGAAGACAACAUUGUGAUGAGUGGCGUCAAGAACAAUGUAGGCCGUGGGAUUAACAUCGCACUCAUUAACGGAAAAACAGGAGGCGUUAUAAAGACAGACUCCUUUGACAUGUGGGCCGGAGAUGUUAACGAACUGAUCAAUUUCCUGAAGACCGUUGAAGACGGAACUCUGGUCAUGAUGGCCACCUUUGACGAUCCUGCUUCAAAGCUGAAUGAGGAGGCCAGGAAGAUGAUUGCUGAUCUGGGCAGCAGCAUUGUGUCCACAUUAGGCUUCAGGGACAACUGGAUAUUUGUUGGAGGGAAGGGUAUCAAGACAAAGAGUCCCUUCGAACAGCACAUCAAGAACAACGCGGAGACCAACAAGUAUGAAGGCUGGCCAGAGGUGCUGGAGAUGGAGGGCUGCAUUCCCCAGAGACAAGACUGAGCUAAACCUCCAUUCUCUUUUACACACACACACACACACACACACACACACACACCACACUGAAAUCUACCUUAUCCAUUCACCAUUACCACCACGUUACCUGUUACCAACACACACACACACACACACACACACACACACACACACACACACACACACACACACACUUUAUUUUUUACCUUUCCUAUUCCAUUCAGUUCCCCUUGUCCAUCUUCCUAGCCGUUGAGUCCUGUUUUAGCAAAAGUGCAAAUCUGGUUGGGCCUCGUAUGAGCCUGCUCACAAGGCUGUAGGGGGGAUGUCAGGAACAUUAUGAAUCAAGACUGUUUAGCUUUUUGUGUACGUACGACUACUUCCUUGUCAUUUUCAGUGAGAAUUGGGGCCAGACAAGAAAGGAAAUAAACAACAACAUUAUUUCACACAGUAGCAGCAAUCCAACUGCCCUCUCCUCAUCUCUCAAAGGCUCUGGACUGCCGUCCUGUAUUAACCCCUGGUCCUAGACUAAAAGAACAUUUCAAAGGAGAUUUUGUUCGACAUUUUUGUUUUUUAGUUUAGGACUAGGUUGAAAUCGUGUGUGAAACACGGUCUGAAUCAAUGAGGACAGUGCAGACGUUGUUGGUGAUUCCUUUGACCAGUUUGGUAAUUCUGUAGCAUUUAAUAUAUAAAUAUCUAAGUAAUUUAUUGAACAGAGUAAUGCAAAAAAGGGAGAGAAAUCAUUGCUGGUAUAUUGCUGUAUAAACCCCUCUUCUUUUACGUGUAUUCUCCAAAUGUAAAUGUGAAAGAUUGAUCAGUGGUCUACUGUGGACAGAUGCGAUAUGUUUAUUUAAAAUAUAGCUAGUCAGUAGCAAAAUACUUGAUUUUUGCUGUUUUCCAAAUUCUUUUUAGAAAUCACUUUUUUAUGUGUAGUUUUGAACAUGCCUUAUACAUAGUGAAAGGGAACAGGCUUAAAGCAUUUGCCAAAGCUGUUUGUGACAAAGUAGCACACUCAAAAGUGUGUGUGUGUGUGUGCGUGAGAGAGAGAGAGAGAGAUAAUGAGUGUUAACCAUGCACAGUACAGUUAAACUCAUCAAGCCGUGAAACUCCAAAAUGCAGUUGAAGAGGUUUAUUGUCAGAGUCACUUUGAACAAUCUGAGAACCUUCUUACCAAACCCUCAUCCAAUGCCCCUGGGGCAGUAGUGGCCAGCCACCAAUGGAAUCCACGUAUUCCUAUUUGGGUGGUUGGUACAGAACACUCCUACCCCAACUGUAAGAUUGUGUCAUUUGAAACUUUCGAAAGCCAUAAGGGUUCUAUGCACACACCAUAGACUGUAUAUACAGUCUAUACUAUGGCACACACAGCAGUGGAAAAUUAGGUCAUUUUCUAGAACCUUCUUUUUUUUUUUUUUUUUUUUUUUCAGUUUAAAAAAAAGAACUGGAACAAGGAGUUCUCCUGUUUAGAGAUCUAAAGGAAAUGCACAAGAACAGACUGUUCAGAAUGUCCAAUGCCAUAUGCAUAUCAUGUUUGAUCCAUAUUUUUACAUUUUGUUGACCAUUUCUUUUCAUUAAAUUCAUUAUAUUGUGGAUGUGAUAUGCUGUAUGUGAUUACCAUUGAUGAUUGUCUUAGGAAGUUGUUUAUUUGAGUGAUUUGGUUCAACUUAUACAUUUUAACAACAUUAACGUGUUUCAGAAAAGAAAGUCUGUUUUAUUUUUGUAACGAGAACUUUGAAGAAAUUGUCACGACAAAUUGAACCUUCGAUUCAGAACAUAGGCUAUUACCUUUGUAGACUUGCAGUCAGUCGAGUCAAUCAAUGUGUGUGGGUGUGGGUGUGUCUAUGUGGUUAUUAGAUAUGGAAUUUGCUAUUCAUUAAACUGUGUACAACCCAUUUAAAAAAAAAAAAAAACUUAUUCAGGAUACUAAACAUUCAGGUCUGAUGCUGCUGUAGAGUUACUGUCGAAUUCUUAGCUUUCCACUCCUCAACAUGUCUCCCCUAUAUAAUGUGAACUGGUUUGAGAUGUAGAAAGUCAUGCUCACAUACCUCUACUGUUAGGGAGGAGAGCCUUGGACUUCUCUACAAUGCAGUAUGUUACUACAUCAAGUUCAAGUUUCCCCAACCUCAGCUUGAGUCUUUACAGAUUGGUCUUUGACACCUAUUUUAAAUCUUUUGGGGGGCCCAGUAAAGCAUCAUCACCCGUGUUUGUGUGUGUGUGUAUGUGUGAGGGAGAGAGUGUGUUUUUUUGUAUGGCUGAGUCAAAUAAAAAUACAAGGACCUAAGGCUGUUUUUAUCACUAAUGUAGUACAGCACAUUGAGUGAUUAUUUUUUGUUUGUUUUUACACUGCGCCACCAAGUGCUUUUAUUGCCGUACUCUGUUCGCUUUUGCCACACUGAAGACUGAAGCGCUUCCUCUUUUCUCUCUUAUUUUCUAUCUAUCUGCUCUGGAAAUGUGUACACCACCAUGUGCCUUGUUCUGUACAAAGUCCCGCCCGCUUGUAAAUUGUACAUACAGUGCCAUUAUAAUAUUCACUGGUGUAGUAGUGAGGCCGUGUACUAGUGAACCUGUAUUUUGGCGUUCAAAUAAAACCAGUUGUCGAGACCUA